AUGACUUCAACCAAACUGACUAUUGUUGUUCAGGAAACGAAUCCUCAACUGAGAACUACACCUAAUGGAUGUACGACUCACGAAGCCCUCGCUCCGAUCAUAUUCGUUGGCCAACUGUUUUCGCUUUUGCCUAUUAGUGGAUACUUCAGGACACCAGCAUCUAUGUUAAAAUUCACGUUCAAGAGCAUACACUUUGCUUACGGGUGCUUUACUGUAUUUAUUAUGUGUGCAAUAAUUUCCAUGUUCGUGGCAUAUCGUAUUCAACGAGGAACUAUCGGACUUGGAGCUACUGCGACCUGCAUCUACUACGCCGUAAUUAUCACCGCCAUGGUGGAGUUUAUUAUCCUGGCUCGGAAUUGGCCGUCAAUCAUGCAACGAUGGACAGAUGACGAACAUAUUUUUCUAUUUUAUCCUUACGAAACGGGCCAGUGCCUUCGGCUGGAGUCUCUAGUAAAGCGUGUGGCAUUCACGAUGAUAUUCUUUGCCUUCGUCGAGGACACCAUCAAUUUUAUUUCCGCUUACCAGCUGAACGUCGUUCAUAUGAAGUACUGCACUCAUGCUACCGAUUUUUGGCGUAAUUUCUUCCGCCGAGAGCAUGCCUACAUUUUGCGUUUCAUACCGUACCAUCCGGUGCUGGGAGCUUCUAUAGAGAUUAUGAUGCGAGUCGCAAAAUUCACGUGGCACUACAUAGAUGUGUUCAUCAUUUGCGUGUCGUUGGCUCUGCAGCGACGCUUUCAACAGUAUAACGAUAGGAUACGGAGUUUCAACGGAAACCAACAACCGGAAGAAGUGUGGCGAGCUUUGAGGCUAGAUUUCCUGCAACUAAGUGAGCUGGUCACGUACCUAGAUACGAAGCUAUCUAGAAUUAUACUACUGUCGUGUGCGAACGACAUGUUCUUCAUAUCCGUGCAACUUUAUAAUAUUUUUGACCCAAAACAAACCACUGUCACCACGUUCUACUAUUGGUACUCGCUGCUGUUUCUCAUCUGCCGAUGCUUCGUCAUGCUGUACGUAACGUCAUCGAUCUACGAAGCAUCGCUGAAACCGCUGGAGCUGUUACGUGACUUUGCAACCUCGAGCUGGAACCUGGAUCUACAGCGACUACUGGAUCAUGCCUCUCUGAAAAGCAUUGCCUUUUCCGGCAAGCGAUUCUUCUUCAUCACACGACCCUUGAUACUCGCUAUGGCUGGUACUAUCAUCACCUACGAGCUGGUUCUGUUGGACCAAGUAGCUAAAGAUCAAGAUACGACAAGAGAUUGCGAUUUUUAAGCUUUAUUCGUACAUGUUUCGGUUUAUACUGUACAAAACUGUGAUGUUUGAAUUUGAAUAUAAUACUUUUAGUUUUCGAUCAAUA